AUGAUGUGGUAUUCACUGUUCCUACUUAGUGUCAUUGAAUGUGUAUUCACUCUUCCAAAUACUAACGAGUCAGCACCUGAAAUUCACUUAAUAUCAGCACCCGUUGGCGAUCGUGUUGUUCUCUCGUGUGGGAAUGUAAACAAUAGUCAUCGUAUUUAUGAAUGGUUAGAGAACGGAAGGCCAUUGGAAAUGACUGGAGACAACCUCACUCUUCAUUUGAAUGGGAGUCUUGACUUUCGUCUUCGAAUGGAAAAUGCGGAUAGAAUUGUAACCUGUCGGUCGUACAAUUCUUUUCCAAAUGGUACUCAAGACUCCUUACUUGAAUAUUCAUAUGGUUUCGUACCAAUUGUCAAAGCAUUUUUGGCUGAAACAGUGCAUAAUGUAACUGUAGAUUGGGGUGCUACAUACAGAUUUCCAUGUGUUUUUGGAGGAACCAAUCCGAGGAAAGAUAUAAUGAUGCUAAAUGGUGCAGUUGUUACUGAAAUGGAACAUAACAUCACUGAAGACUCAGUUGUGGAGUGCAAAGUUCAAAAUAAUCUCAGCACAGUACACGAUGUCGCUUAUAUCAAAGUUCGCCCUGAUUCUAAAACAUGGAUUAUUAAACAUGGGACUUCUGACCGACAGUCCCAUUGUCAGUUAUACUCAUCUGUUUUACCUAAAUCCUCUAUAUGUUACCCAUUCAUAGAAAAUAUUGCCAAUGAGUAUAAGGAUCCGUAUUUAAUCUCUCAAUCUCGUGUGUAUUCUAGCGAACUUAGUAACCAAGCUAUUGAGAAUCUGUUUAACAGCUGGGAUAAAUUGUUUUCAUUGUCAUCAACAUCGAUGUAUUUAUCAGAAACUAAUGCAAACUUUAGUGAUUUAUUGAAUUCAUCCAACACAAAAUCAAAUAUGACUAUGAGUACAGAGAAUUUACCAAGUGCAUCGUGGAGAUGUAUUAAUUGGGCUAAACAUUUAACUUGUGCUAUGUCUUAUCCUCGAUGUGAAAUUCAUGGCCCAGACACAGUGUCUCAAUCAUUCCUUGUGAAUGAUUAUAUUGAAUAUCCUGUUUGUGCAAAACAUUGCCUAGCUGUCGCAAGCCUCUUUUGCUAUUCCCCAUUGAAUAUAUCUAAUAAUUCAGCUGUGGAUGGACUAAUCCACAAUAUCCUUCAAAUGAGUCAUCAACACCUCAAUACAUAA